CGACCGGUUAGUUGCGAUUCAGAACGCUAGAAGUUCGGACAGAGAGUGAACAAAAUAUAAUCAUAAUGAUCGGAAUAUAUCUAUUGAUUGGUGCGGUCACAUUACUAUAUGUCUAUCUUAAGUGGACAUUUAGCUACUGGGAUCGAAAGGGUUUCCCCUCAACGGGGGUGAGCAUUCCUUUCGGCGCUAUGGAAGCCGUAGCCAAGGGAAAACGUUCCUUCGGAUUGGCCAUUUACGACAUGUAUCAAUCGACAAAGGAACCGGUGAUUGGAUUGUAUCUCACCUUGAGACCUGCUCUUUUGAUCAGAGAUGCUCAACUGGCCUACGAUGUGCUGACCAAGGACUUUGCCAGCUUCCAUGAUCGUGGAGUUUAUGUGGACGAGAAAAACGAUCCGAUGUCAGCGAGCUUGUUCCAAAUGGAGGGCUCCAGCUGGAAGGGGCUACGAACCAAACUAACUCCCUCGUUUACCUCCGGAAAACUUAAGGCUAUGUUCGAGACCUCCGAUUCCGUUGGUGAUAAGUUAAUAGCCAGCAUGAAGGCUCAACUUCCUGAAACGGGAAGCAAGGAGCUGGAGCUCAAGAAACUUAUGGCAACGUAUGCCAUCGAUAUUAUUGCCACGACUAUUUUUGGCCUUGAUAUUGACAGCUUUGCAGAUCCCAACAAUGAAUUCCAGGCCAUUAGCAAAAAAGUUAAUCGUAAUAACUUUGAAGAUAUUGUUCGUGGAGCAGCUAGUUUCCUGUAUCCCGGCCUGGAGAAGUUCUUUGUGAGGAUCGGCUGGAAACAAGAGGCCACAGAAAGGAUGCGAGAGUUGUCCAACAGGACCGUCGACCUUAGAGAGGAGAACAAUAUAGUUCGCAAGGACUUGCUGCAACUCCUUCUGCAACUGCGGAAUCAGGGAAAAGUCAACACAGAUGAUACUGUUUGGUCGGCGGAGAGUACUAAAAAUGGAGUGAAAUCAAUGUCUAAGGAUUUGAUUGCCGGCCAGCUAUUUCUGUUCUACAUUGCGGGCUAUGAAACGACAGCCUCCACAACAUCCUUCACUCUGUACGAACUCACUCAAAAUCCGGAAGUGAUGGAAAAAGCGAAAGAGGAUGUACGCAAAGCUAUCGAAAACCAUGGCGGAAAGCUGACCUACGAUGCCAUCUCAGACAUGAAGUACCUGGAGGCCUGUAUCCUCGAAACUGCUCGCAAAUAUCCUGCUCUUCCAUUGCUAAACAGGAUCUGCACUCAGGACUACCCUGUGCCCGAUAGCCAACUAGUAAUCAAGAAGGGCACACCUAUUAUAAUCUCUCUUUUCGGAAUGCAUCGGGAUCCCGAGAACUUCCCCGAUCCGCUCAGCUACCAACCAGAACGCUAUCUCCAGGAUAGCAAAAACUAUAACCAUGCGGCCUAUAUGCCUUUUGGGGAAGGACCCAGAAUGUGCAUCGGCGCCCGCAUGGGAAAGGUGAAUGUGAAGAUAGCGAUUGCCAAGGUUUUGUCGAAUUUCGAUCUGGAGAUCCGCAAGGAAAAGACUGAGAUUGAGUUCGGAGUCAAUGGAGUGCCGCUGAUGCCAAAGUCCGGGGUUCCCGUGCGCCUGUCCCUUAAGAAGUAGAGCCUAGUCUAGCAUUUAAACUAUGUAAACCUUAUAAUAAACCUGCAAUAUGUAUAGAAAAUA